AUGGAGGCUCUUGGCGCCGUCGCUAGCUGCAUUACGCUACUGGAGGUGUCACUCAAAACGUUGAGUUUUGUGAGACAGAUCUCCGAGGUCCAGGAGGACUUUGCAAACCUGAGAGAAGAGAUCAUUACGAUCAAUACCCUUACCCAGGACUUGCAAUCUCUGCCAGUUCUUUUUCCUCGCAAUCCAUCCUCCCCAAAGCUAGCUGAACCAAGAUCAAUCUUCCGAGCGGCCAGCCAGUUGCGGCAAAUUAAGGAUGACCUCGAAAAUAUCGCAGCGUAUUGCGCAGCCAAUCCUAACAAUGGGGCCGCAUCCCUAGCAAGGAAGCGAAAAUGGGUGCUAAAGCAGAACAGAAUAUCUAAGCUUCUUGUCAAGGCCCGCAACGCGAAAGAAAAUCUUCAAGUAGCCGUUAACCUUCAUCUUGCUACUGUAUUUGCCCUUCAAUCUAUGACAGAAAAUAUAUCUCGCUCGGAGAAGACAUCAAUUAUACCAUCUUCAAGAGGUGUACCAAAAUCUCCCGUAGAGGGUUCACAUUUACGAGUCGCUGGGGACACGGCGGGGAAUUAUCAGGACGCGAAACUCAAGACCCAAGAGAAGACAUCACAGCCUAUCGCCGUUUCUGAAGAACCGCCGAAUGAUUUGGCACCGAGCCCAGCUAGG